GGUGACACCAAAAGUUACAAGGGCCUAUGAAAACACAGUACUUCCAGACCAAUGUCCUGUGAAGAUAUACCAGAAAUUCAUGAGCCUAAGACCAAAAACCGGAAAAUGCAGUGCAUUGUACCUAAGGCCAAAGAAGACCCCCAGCCCGGACUGUUGGUACUGUGAUUCUCCACUGGGUGUACAUAUCUUGCAGCAGACAGUGGGGAAGUUGUGUGAGGAGGCUGGAUUUAAAGGAUAUUUCACUAACCAUUCCCUACGAGCGACUGCUGCGACACGCCUCUAUAAGGCAGGAUUCGACGAACAAUUAGUGGCAGAAAAAACUGGACAUCGGUCAGCGGCCAUUCGUUCAUAUAAGCGUACAUGUGAUGCGCAGCUGGCAAAUGUUAGCAGUGUUGUGCAAGGAAUUGAAAAUAUGGCAUCACCAGUGAAAAAAUUAAAACUUGCUGACUCCAGUAAUACUAAUACUAAUAAUAGGGAGUUAUCUGUUAGCGCGGGUGAGGUGUCAUUUACCCUAAGAUUCUAAAAGGGAGUACAUUGUAUCUGUAACAGUGGAUUUACCUGUAUAUAUCCAGUGGA